CGGGCUCUGGCUGGUAAAGACUCGGGCUGAGAAUAAAAAACCAAGAUGAUGAGCAACCCAAACCAGUUAGUUUCUCUCCAAUCACCGGAAAAGGAAACCCCUCUCCUCUCAGACAGAACCAACAAGUCCGUAUGACCAUUUCUGAGACACUGCAGCGCCUCCACCUGAAAGUCGGAAUAGCCUGCCUGCAACACCCACUUCGUAGCUCGGACCAGCGCCUGAAUUUCCGCUUCUAAUCGGAAAGUAAGCAGCCCAGACCAAGUGGCCCUCCCGACUCCUCCUCCCGCUGCAGACUGAGGGAACCCCUAAGUAUUUAACCGGGAGUUCAGAUUCCUGCAUACCCAGAAUAUUGGAAAUAAUUCCAGAUCUUGCUUUUCUGCCACACAAGAAGGAACUUUUAUGCAGAUUGAUGGAUUGUCCAGAGGCAAGCUGUCAGAAUUUCAGGUAUGAACUGCAUAAUCUCCUCAGCAUCUAUCUCAGGCUCAACAGAGUACAGAUUUGAAAAAAAAGAAAUAGAUGCCUCUUCAAUAUCAGACUGGGAGGUAACCUGCUGUCCAUUUCCACUUUUAAUAGAUGAAAUUACUUGCCUUCUGUGUCUAACUCUAACAUAGGAAUGAAAGAAUUUAGAGUUAGAAUCACCAUCUCUAAGCCAUUGGAUAUGAGCCUUCUGUUUCCAGAACUUCCUCUCAAGUUUGUACUUAGAGGUAAGCAAAGCCUUAAGAUGAAACCAUUUUUCUCUAUUGUCCUCACUAGGAUUAUCUUCAAAAGAUUUCUCAGCCUGCAUAACCUGAUCCUCACACAGUUUAAUAUCCUCAAAGAUAUUGCCAAAAGACUCUUUAUUCCAAACUCGAAGAUCCUUCUUAAGACAUUUAAGCUUGUACACCAUACCUCUCAUACCAACCCCCCCCCCCCCCAGAACUCCAGAAUUCUUUUUCCAACUGUUUUCAACCGUCUCUAGGAAGGUAGGAUGACUAAUCCACAUAUUUUGAAAUUUAAAAGAUUUAGGACCUUGCCAAUUAUCCCGUGAACAUUUCAUUAAGAUAGGGCAAUGAUCAGAAGGUGUUUUCUCCAAAACCUCCACCUGAAUAUGUUUAAAAUAAUCACUCCACAAGGAAUUGAUCAAGAAUCUAUCAAGCUUCCUCCAAACCCAACCAUUAGCUCUUACUCCUGACCAUGUAUGAUAAGGACCUGAGAAAUUGGGCUCAAUAAAAUUGCAAGAAGCAAUAAAAUCAGAGAAGUCCAGAAUACUUCUUAGGUUAGGCAAAGCUCUCCCUUUAUGAUCAUUGUGGGCAGAAAUUGCAUUAAAAUCCCCUCCCACUAACCAAGUAUCAUGAAUAUUUCUUGAAAAAUCAACAAGAGAUUCCCAGAGCUCCCUUCUCUCAACAUAGUUAUGCUAUUUGAUUUAUACAUUUUUGGUUAGAUAUUCUGUUAACUACUUCAAAACUUUGUUUUAUAAUUUUAUUUGAUUUUUUGAUAUAUUAUGUUGACAUUUAUACUUAAUUAGAUAUUUUGUUAGCGUAGCGGUAUUUUAAGAAUCGGGAACCCGAACCGAACCAACCGGUUUCAAAUGGGGUAUGGUCCAGUUUCUAUUUAAAGAUUUGGUAUACUCGGACCAAACCCACCCGUCAGAUGGAACCGGCGGUUCUUAAGAAUUAUCAAUUCCCCGAACCGACCCGGACCGUGCUCACCCUAGGCUUGGACUCUGGCCGGGUCGGGCCCGGGCCGGGCUUUAUGGGUUUGGGGGUAGGCCCAGAACCGGCCUAGGUAUCCACCGGUUCCAGGUCGGGCCAGGCUCAGGCCGGGCCUGGUUCAAAUUUUUUUUUUUUUUUUUUGGGGGGGGGGGGGGGGGGGGGUUCUUGGUUAUUUCAUCCCCUACCCCCGCCCCUCCAUACCCCAAACCCAUCGGAAACACCCAGCCCAAUCAAAAAAAAAAAAAAUGGCCCGAACCGGGCUCAGCCCAGCCGAUUCACCUUUCAGCAUACCCGAGCCCGUCCCCACUUUCCCCUCCGGUUCGGGUCAACACCCGGUACCAGUUCGAAUGACCGGGCCGGUCCCGGGCCCGCACAGUAGCGGGCCGAGCCGGGUCGGGUGCCCCGAACCGGCUCCAUGCCUAGCUCACCGCUACAUUCAAUCAUUGAGCAAAAUUUUUAGUUUUUUACAUCAGGAAUUAAUAAUUUAUUAAAUAUUUACCAUUAAAGUUGAAUAUAGCUAUAUAAUACUAAUGGGCUUAUUUUAAAUUUUGAGACCCCUGGAAUUUGGGGGGCCUAAAGACUCGUUUAGGGGCCCUGCAGGAAUAGAUCCAACCGAACAAGAUUACAGGACCCAUCCCCGAACAACACCUAAUGCAUGUGAACUAUUUUUUAUCAUCAAAACAGGCCUCUAUUCAUAUCAAAAGAUUCAGAAUCAUUACAUCAAAUAAAGGGAAAAUAAAAUUGACACCAACUUGAACUCCAACAACUACGACUGUAAUCCUAUGGUGAGACUUUAAGACGGUCAUCCCUGAAAGAGCAACACGAAUAGCUAACCAUGUAGUGGGCUUGACACAGUCAAACCUGUUCCCAUAGAUCCAACCAUACCCAAUCACAUAAAGAGAGGCUAAAAACUCAAACAAAUUGUCAAAACCAACAACAAAACAAGGAUGAACACAAGAAAACAAAUAAAAAACAAAUAAAAAUUACUAGGAUAACUUUCACGGCCUCUAACACCUUGUACAACCCAUGGUGGUAGGGGUGGACUCGGGCCGGGCGGUCCGCCCCGGAACCGGCCCGAACCGGUUACUGUUUGAACCGGCCCGGCCGGUUCGGGCCCGGUCCUUGCCAAUUUAUUUAUUUUUCUUUUUUUUUUUGAAUUUUUUUUAAGUUUUUGGGUUGGGCUGGGUAUUUUGGGCCAUUUGAGGUGGUUUGGGGAUGAGGGGGGAGGGUUGAGGGUUAAUUAGGAAAAGCCAAAAAAAAAAUAUAAAGGGAACCGAGGCCUGGCCCGACCCGGACCCGGGGUUACCCGGGCCGGUUCCGGGCCUCCCCUUUCAUGAACCGAGGCCCGGUCGGGCCCAGGCCCGAACCGGCCCGAGUCCACCCCUACAUGGUGGUGGUUCAGGCGGAGGUCGAACCGUCGCUCGAUUGAUACUCUCUUUCAGUGACGUACCCGCCGUAUGACCCAAAUACAUGUCAUCGAAUGGAGCGUUCAGCCUCUCCACGCUAACCAUGUCCCGAUCAUCCCUACGUCUAACUCUCACUUCUUCCACCAUCUUCUCGCUGCCACGAUCAUCCAUCCCGAGCUACGUCCAAACCACGGCAAUCCGACGCAGAGCUGCGUCGAUUGAAUAAAACGCCGCACUAGGACGGCGAAGUAAAAACCCUACGCGAGAGAUCUCGCUAGGGAAACACUGACCGAACUUCAAUCAAGAAAGAUCGAAAUCAGAAAUUACCUAGCGGCGACUCUGCUCUAGGAGCUCUCUGUCGAAGCGGACUAAUGCAUGUGAACUUUAGAAAAUACAAUUUCAACAAUUUGCAGACCAUAUUUUAAAUUAAGGUCUAUCAUCACUUUAUACUAGGGGUGAGUUCGGUUCUUUCGGUUCGGUUUUGACCUAAAACCAAAUACAGAACCAAAGUAAAAGUUCGGUUCGGUUUCGGUUCGGUUCGGUUUUACACUCCAAAACUUGGAACCAUGGUUUGAUCGGUUCGGUUUGUUUCGGUUCGGUUUGUUACUAAAAAAAUGGCAUUUGAUUUAAAAUUGAUAUAAAAGUUGGAGGGAUCAAACAUAUUACAUAAAAAUGCUAGCAUACUUGAACAAAUAAAGAAAAUAAUAAUAAACAAAUAUGUCUUGAAUUAUAUAAGUAUGCGGGAGAGAUAAAAGUGUGUGUGUGUGUGUGUGUGUGUGUAUAUAUAUAUAUAUAUAUAUAUAUAUAUGAGCAAAUUACAUGCAUGCAAGAUAUCCUAGAGGAGACAAUUUGGUGGCUAAACCACCCGAUUCUGCUGUUUGGAAAAGAAUAUGUCAUAUUCAUGAAAGAGGCUUACAGUUAGUUGACUUCCAGAAUGGCCAUCAAGUGUGGACUCCAUCUCAGGAUGGUAAUUUUUCCCUGUCAUCUGCAUUUCAGGAAAUUAGAGACAAAAGAUCUACUACUUUCUCUAAUUCUCAUAUCUGGCACAAAAAUCAAUUCCUUCCUAUUAAACUCUUUAUGUGGAAGCUUUUUCAGAAUAUUCUACCUCUACCUGAAAAUCUAGGCAGAUUCAACAUUCAUGCCUUUCCCUCACAAUGCCCAUUCUGCAGGAAAGAUUCCAUCUCAACCUCUCACAUUUUUUAUAAUUGCUCAAGUAUAAAACCUAUUUGGUUGUAUUAUAUGAGCAUGUUUUCAAUUUUUAUUCCCAAUUGGAAUGUGUCACAUAGGCAAAUUUGCUUUACUUGGUGGCUAGAGGCUGGCACUAAAACCAUCAUUGACAUCUACAAACACUGCAUUCCAGGGAUCAUUUCUUGGCAUAUUUGGAAAUGUUAUUCAUCCUACACUUGAGGCGACCAUUCAUCAGAUUUUGACCCUGACUCUUUCAAAAGGAUGAUCAACUCUUAUCUUUUUAAUUGGUCUGCAGGUAUUGUUUUUCCUAAACGUCAAAGUCCUCCUGAUUUUCUUAUUCAGGGACGCAUCUUUUUUGCUCCUAAAAGAAAUUCCACUCCUAACUUUUUAAAAAUAAACUGGAAGAAGCCAAAAGAUACCUUAAAGAUGAAUAUUGAUGCUGCUUUUACCGGUAAUUCUUCUUCUGGAGGAGCAGUUCUGAGAGACGAUACAUGAACUUUCAUUUUUGGGGGGAUUUUCCCUCUCACAGCACACUCUGUAAUGGAGGCUGAAAUGUCUGCUAUUUUCGUUGGUGUUCAUUGGUUGUCCACUGUAGGUUACUCUGAGGUAGUAAUUGAAUCUGACUCUUUAGCCUCCAUUUCUAUCCUUCGUCAAGAGAAAGACACACGGUUCAGCUACCUCGCGGGUCCGAUUAGAAACAUCGCCAAACGCCUUAAUUUCACUUUCUCCCACUGCUAUAGAAAGGCUAACAAUGUCGCGCAUCUUCUGGCCCAUUCCUAUGAGAUGUCUCGUGGCGCCAUCUUCUUCACUCAGAUGGAGGAUCUUCCUUUUCCGAUUCAAGGGGCACUUCAGCUCGACAGAUGGGAAUAUCCGAGUAUUAGGGUUGCCUAAUUGAAUUUGUUGUCGGCAGAUAAACAGAUGAGUUCGUCAUUUGGUAUUUUUCGCUUUUGUUUGGGGUUUCUACCAAAUGUUUUUUUACUUCCUUCUUUUAGAGGUUUACAUUAUUGUUGAUUUAGACAGAUUGGGUCAGGUCUAGCCCCCCUAAUCUGCUUUCUAGUAUUUUUAUUUCGUUGUAUUUUGAGGAGGUAUGCCUUCUCUGAAGGGUCUUGGUCUGGUCCCCCCUUCAGUCUGUUUCAUUUUUUAAUUUCAAUAAAACACUGGUAAAUGUUCCCCGGC